UCGCGUCGCUUCCUGACUCGGUCGUUGGAGACCGAGACGACCCGGUCGACAAUGGCGCCGUCGCCACCACCACCACCGAACAAACGCCGGAAAUUCACAGCUCCAGAUAUUCAUCACAGGGAUGAUCAAUCCGAAGACGGGUAUGAACCAUGGAGACCGGGAACUCCGAUGAAAAAGGAUGAAUCCGGAUCUCCAGUUUGCGGAAUCUGCUUGUCGGAAGGUGGAAAAUCGAUUACCGGACAAAUCGAUAGUUGCGACCAUUACUUCUGCUUUGUAUGCAUCUUGGAGUGGGCGAAGGUCGAGUCCCGUUGCCCCAUGUGUAAGCAAAGGUUCACCUCCAUUCGUCGGCCGCCCAAGCUCGGCGUGUUCGCCGGCGAACGAAUCGUCCGUGUUCCACAACGCGAUCAGGUUUAUCAUCUGUCUGGCAAUGCCACAACCACUCGUUCCGACCCCUAUGCCGACACAAGUUGUAUGGUAUGCCGUAAAAUGUCCGACGAAAGCCUUCUGUUACUGUGUGACCUUUGUGAUUCGGCUGCUCAUACUUAUUGUGUUGGGUUCAGCCACACUGUCCCUGAAGGCGACUGGUUUUGCCACGACUGCACUGUUUCCAGGGCCCAUCACGAAAAAGCCGAUCAAGGUGAUCAAAGUGUUGACAGUGAAAAUGAAAAAUUUGCCGAAGAAUGUGUUGAACCUGCAGCAACUGAUCCAAACAUUUCGAUAUUUGAUAUUGUGAAAGAUGCGGAUGAUUCUUCUCUGCCAAAACAGAUAUCCCGCUUCGCUUCUCCUGGACAUGGAAGUUCCAUUGCAGAUGAAGAAACUGGUGCUUUCCCAAAAAGACAUAAGAAUCUUGGUAGCUGUUGGGCAGGUGAAUCAUGUGCUAGGACGUUACGGCGCUGUCGCAAUGUGCAGAGCCGUAUACAGAUAUUACGUGAUAAUUGGAAUUCACUAAGAGAUGGGUCAUUGAAAUUCCCCUCUGGUUCUGGUGAAUCCUCUGCAGGUAGUUGUAAAGGGCAGGAAGAAGGUUCGGUUUCUUUCUUAUCGUCUCCAAACGAACAGUCCAGAGCACGGGAUGGUCAUGUGGGAUUCACUGAACGGGAGAAAAAGGACCCGUACGACACUGAGAAGGCAUGGAAAAUGUUGGAAAUGGCAAAGAUAGCCCAGAAGAUCAGAUCAGAGAAUGGGGAUCGUCUUUCCAAAGCUCCAUCUUUUAGCAGUAGCAGCAAAAUUUUAUCUAAGAUAAGGUCUCGUAGUUACUUAUCAUCAGAGAAGCAGCAAACUGGGGUUAGGAAUCUUGGGAGCUCUGUAAUGAAAAUGAAGCAGAAACAGAUUCUUCAGCGCCUCGAGACUGGUCGGGAUUUACCAAAACAGAAGCAGAUUCUUGAUCCGACCCAUCAAGCUGGUCAACACAAAUCAGAACUUCCAAGUUCAGCGAUAGAGUUCCGUGAAUAUCCAUUACACAGAAAGGCCCCUGUCCGAACUGAUUACUUCAUGUCCAGAUCAUGUGCAGACAAUGCGCAUAAAAACACAUCAAACAAGGACCAUUCAGAAAACAGAUCAUCUUUUCGGCUGAACACAGCUGGAUUUGAUUCCAUUCCACCUCAAACAAAGACGGGCUUUGCCGUGGCUCCCUCAUCAAACCCGAAUCCAGGGAAAUGCUCAGCUACAAAGACAGAGAAACAGAACGAGAACGCGAAAACCGAGAUCCAAUCUCUGGUCAAGCUGAACAUGAAACUCCUUACCAAAGACAAGCCAUUAGGAGUCAGAACGUUCAAAGAAGUGGCGAGAAUCUCGACCCACACCAUCUUGGCCGUGUGCGGGUUGGAGCACUCGAAGCAGAGGACACGACCCUUCGAUCGUCCGAUAUGCAGCCACCAGAGCUCGACCCUCUUGCAAGACGUCUGCCCUGAAUGCUUCUCCGCUUUUGCAACCGACGUGGUGCGGUCUGUCAUGAGGGAGAAUAUGCUCUUGAAAUAAUCCUAUGAACAUCCCCUCCAACCUAAGGUGACGUGGCAGGAGAAGAACCAUUGGAACUGGACACGGAGAUAGAACAGAAGCAGAUAAAGCGGGGUGGCCGACAAGUCGACAAAUCUGAUUUUACGUUGACAUCCAUUUCAGCUCCACCUUCCACGUGCCCUCUCCCUUAUCAACUGCCACGAUUUUUCUCCCCACAAAUAUCCUCUCCAUUUUGUUCCCAAAUAUAAUUUGGAUUCAUUAUUGUGAGUAUUAUCAUGACUUUAGAAAGACUAUAGGUUAUCACAUUAUUACAUGAUUAUAAAAAAUAAUAACCU